AAUAACAAUAGAUUAGCUGAAUUUGUGAGGCAAUCGGAUUCUCGUGAUUUAUAUUACUGUCUCUUCCUCACUCAAUCAUAAUUUUCAUCAUCCUAAUCAUCAUCAUCACCGCCACAAGUAACACUAUUAACAAAUGAUCACCAAUCCUGAUAGAAGAGAGAGAGAGAGAAACAGAUUGAGUGAGUUAGUGAGAGAGAAAGAGAACAACUAAUUGUGAUAUUAGAAUAGAAGAGAACAUAUCCUUCUUUUUUAAUAUUCUCUUCUUUUUUUCUCUCUCUCUUUUUCUGUUUUCGUUUCUCUCUCCGUGUGAGUGUUUUUCUUUUCUCUCCUUUUUCUCUUUUAUCUCUCUCUCGAUCGCUCUCUCCUGUCUUCUUCUUCCAUUCUGUGUUUUGUGUUUGUUUUCUUUCUUUCAUCAUCUUACUUUUCUUCUUCUUUUUCUUGGCUGAGUUUUCAUUUUUUUUUCUCUCUUCUUCUUCUUCUCCUCCAUUGGGGAACCAUUGGUCUUUUCUCACUGUGUUUAAUAUUUAGUAUUGUUGAUUGUUCUUUAGGUGAUUUUCUUUCUCUCUGUUAAUUAUUACAUUUGAAAUUCUUUUGUGAUCAUCGCGAAAAUAAUCAACAUUCAUCACCAUCCAAAUUGAGAUAAUUUUCUUUCUCCUAAUCAUCUGAUGUCUACUAAUGUUGACAAAUGCUUUCUACAAUUAUCUCCCCUUCUUCUUCAUCAUCACCAUCAAAUCAUCAACAUCUACAACAUCAUCAAAACCAAAUUAACAAUCAGAGAGCAAUGAGGUUAACCUUUGAAACUCAUGGAUUUCAUGGUUACGGUUUGAAGUUUUCUCCUUUUUCACCAAACCUUUUGGCCUGUGCUGCAUCUCAGAAUUAUGGACUAGUUGGACAAGGUUGUCUAUUUAUUCUGGAUCAUGAUUCAGACAAAGGAAUCAGAUGUUUACGUAAAUUGGAUUGGCCAAAAGACGGUCUUUUUGAUUUGACCUGGUCCGAGGUGAAUGCUGGAACUAUUUGGACGGCUGGAGCCGAUGGAUCCAUUCAAAUUUGGGACAUUGGUGAUCCUGGUUGUUCCGUCGAAGGUCCAGUAAAAGAUGCUAAACUUUCAUCAGUUAUACCAGCUCAUCAUUCAGUAAUUAGCUCCAUCCAAUGGAGUCAAGUUCGUUCUGAUCAACCCGCUGUUUUAACCUCCUCCUGGGAUUCAACGAUUAAAAUUUGGGAUGGUUUGAAUGCUCGUCAAUUGACCAGUUUUAAUGGUCAUGAAGCCUUAGUUUACGAAAUUGCCUGGUCUCCUUUACUUUCAUCAACUUUUGCCUCUUGUUCACGAGAUGGGACCAUUCGUGUUUGGGACAAAUCAACACCCCCCGGUCAAGCUAGUCUAAUCAUCAAAGCCUCACAAUCAGAGAUUCUCUCCUGUGAUUGGUGUAAAUAUGAUUCAAAUAUCUUAGUCUCUGGUUGUUCCGAUAAAACAAUUCAACUUUGGGAUCUUCGUUCUGUCAAUAAUGGACCAUUAACGGAACUUAAAGGCCACGAGAGAGCAGUGAAAAAAGUACGAUUUAGUCCUCAUAGCGCCUCAAUAAUUGCCUCUGUUUCAUAUGAUUUCACCACUCGUCUUUGGAAUUACCUUGAUUCCGAUCAAGGUUUAUCAUCUAAAUCAAAAUUGAUCAUCACCCGACAAAAUCACAGUGAAUUUGUUUACGGAUUAGAUUUCAAUGUUCAUCUACCCUACGUACUAGCUGAUUGUGGAUGGGAUCGGUACAUUUGUAUCUUUGCCAAUCAGAUGUAGAUGAAGGAGCAUCAACACAAAACAAAUAUGCAAACAAGAUGAUCAGAUUUAUCAUCACAAGGAAAAGAAAGCAAAUUGUUGAAAGAGAAAUCAAAUAAGAAGAGAGAGAGAGUAAGAAAGAGAAGAUAAAAGGCUGAAAGAUAAUUUAAAAAUGCCUUUUUCUCCUCCCACUUCCGUCUAUCAUCCAUUCAUUACUCUCCCUUAUCUUCUCAUCUCUCUCUCUCUUUUCUAUUUCUCUCUUCACUGUCAAUUUGCAUUUCUUUUUCUUGUCUCUCAUCUCACUCUCAUCCCACCCUCGCAAGUUCGUUCAUUCAAACUAUCACAUACCAAUUUCAAUUCAUUUUUUCUCACUUUUCAUCUUCCUCCUCUUCAUCUCUCUAACCAUAAGCUGACAUUGGAAGGCUGAUCGAUCUCGCCAAAGUCAAGCUCAUUUCGUCACAACGAUGUGAACGAAAUUCCCUUUUGUUUUUUUUUUCAUCUUUUCUUUAUUACUCCUAAUUUAUCAAUACAUUAUGAACCAAAGCCGGAAACAACGACAUAUACACAGAAUAGUUAAGCUAAUCUUCAAUGAUUUUUGUUUCUCUCUCAAUUUUCUCACUCUAUUGUGAUUAUACAAGUAUAUUUAAUAUAUAAAUAGCUAGGCUUGACUUAGCCAAGAACCAGAAAAUUUUCAAGUAAUUAUUAUUAUUACAAUUAUUAUAAUAACUUUAUUAUUAUUAUUACAUUUUUGAUGAAAACAAUGAAUGAAGCUAAUUAGCUUACGAAUUACCUAUUGAAUUUAAAAGUAACAAUAGUUAAUAAUAAGGUUCCACUAGGGAAAAAAACCCAAAUGUUUUUCUUUUCUUGGUUCUAAGGCGUCGAUUUUGAAUAUUUAAGGGUUUAUUAUGAUUUCCACUCUCCCUCCCACUUCCUCUUCUUCCUCUUUUCAAAACUUUUCUCACUCUUUGAAAACUUUUCAUCUUUUUCAUUAUCAUCUCAAUGCAUUUAUAUUUAAUUGUCUAUACAAACAAAAUGUUGACCCAACCCUCAUCUCUUUAACCGAAUUAGGAGUUUGUAUUAAGUUAUAACCCAAGUAAGAAUUAAAUCAUUAUGAUUAACUAAUUGUAAUGGGUUAUCACUUUCUCUCUCUCCCAGCAAUUUGUUUGCUCUCUCACGAAUCUCAUCCAAUUGUGAUCUUUUCUCUCUCUCUCUCUUCCUCUUCCUUUUCUUUCUUCCUCAUCUUGAUAUUUUCUUAAUGAAAAGUUUUCUCUUUCACACUUUUUCUCAUAUUUAUCGUUUGUUACCUUUUCAUCUUGAAAUUUAAUAGCAAAUGAAUUAAAUUAAUUAAUUUCUUCCUUUUUCACAAUCAACUAA